GUUCAAAUAUUGAUAUGUAUAUUAUAGUUAUUACCCGGUGUCGAAAAGGUGCCGCACUUGCAUAUAUGUUGACUGUAUUAGUAAGGAUCAGGACUACAGCUAAGCCAUGAGUGGACUUUCCGAGAAGACACUCGAGGUCCGUGCCUUGCGCGUGGCACUGCAGAAGCGAAGCAUGUUUAGAAAGCGCAUGGUGAGAACAGAGAACUUUCCAAGCGAUGAACAACUCCUGGACUGGAUAGAGCAGGUGAAGGAGCUGAGGUACAUAACAGUAUGCUAUUUCUAUGUCUGAAAAUAAUAACAGAUAUACAUACAUAUGUUAUAUAGUUCAAAACGAA